CACUGCCUCAUCAUCACCAACAAACAAACAAACAUUCAUUCCAUUCUCUCUCUAAAUCGCACUCACAUCAUCUCUUCUAUCUCCUCAGUACUCCGGCGAUCGGAGCCUCUAAUCCGCCACGUUCUCCCUAUCUCCUCUUUCUCAACUCCAGAAUCUCGUCCUCGUGAGAGAAAAUAAAAGUUAGUUAGGGUUACGCACAGUUGAUUAAUUAAUUAAUAAUAGAAAAAAUGAGCUUUCAGGACAUCGAGGCCGGCCGUUCCUUCGCUUCCCGGCGAAAUCUAAUCAACGGCAAACAAGACCCCACGCAGGCGGUGGCUUCCGGCAUCUUUCAGAUCAACACCGCCGUCUCCACGUUCCAGAGACUCGUCAACACCCUCGGAACCCCCAAGGACACCCCCGAACUCCGCGAUAAGCUGCACAAGACGAGACUGCACAUUGGACAAUUGGUGAAGGAUACUUCGGCUAAGCUUAAGCAAGCUAGUGAGAUUGAUCACAACGUUGAAGUUAAUGCAAGUAAGAAGAUAGCAGAUGCGAAGCUUGCAAAAGAUUUUCAGGCGGUGUUGAAAGAAUUUCAGAAGGCACAGCGUCUUUCAGCGGAGAGGGAAACUGCUUACACUCCUUUUGUUCCGCAAGCACUUCUUCCAUCCAGCUAUACAGCCAGUGAAGUAGACAUUGGUUCUGAUAAGACUCCAGAACAGCGUGCACUUCUUGUGGAAUCCAGAAGACAGGAGGUAUUAUUCUUAGAUAAUGAGAUUUCCUUCAAUGAGGCUAUCAUUGAGGAAAGAGAGCAAGGCAUUCAAGAAAUCCAGUCGCAGAUUGGUGAAGUAAAUGAGAUUUUCAAAGAUCUUGCUGUGCUUGUCCAUGAGCAAGGAGCAAUGAUUGAUGAUAUCGGGUCCAAUAUUGAGCAUUCCCAUGAAGCAACUGCGCAAGCAAAAUCUCAACUUGCCAAAGCUUCAAAGACGCAAAGAUCAAAUUCAUCUUUGGUAAUACAUGCUUGCUUCUGGUGAUAUUCGGGAUCGUGCUUCUAAUCGUCAUCAUUGUUCUUGCUGCUUAGUCAUAGACUCUGGAUUCUAUUACAAAUCAAAUGCUCUUACAUACUGAGCUGCAGAUACGAUCUCCCUUGCUGAUGACUACACUGAAUGGUGAUUUACCAGAUCUCACGAAUGACCGGAAUUUGUCUCAUCAGGUUUCAGUACAUGAUGUGGGAAUAUUCACAACAUUAGUGUAUCGUUAUUUUGGUGGGUAUAUGUUCUGGUUUCUUUGUUGGUGUUUGGGGCUUUAAGGAUGUGUCACAACCUGCCGGCUGUGUAUGUUAUCUUUUUGGUUUCUUAAUAAACGAUAUAUUAAUUCGUUCUUUACCUGUAUAUGCAACUUGAAAAUUAGCAUGACUGACUCUUCUUUAGUAAUACCUUGAUCCAUUCACCCAAAAAAAAA